GCUGUUAACUACAGGAAACACAACUGCGCAACGCAACGAUUCUGUCAUAAAUUUAAUAGUUCAAUUAUCAACUGAAAAUGGCGACAGAAUCAAAACCCGAUCCCACAGCCAGCAAUGUGCCCGACUGGGUGCAGGCCGAACUUUUUGUGGAUGUGCUGAGAGAAUCGGUUAAGGGGUUCUCAAAAAUCAAGAGCUUUAAGGCCGACAGCGGAUCGGCAGCAGGUGAAAACUAUGCGACGAUCAUGUUGCGUUUGAAUAUAGAAGUCGAAUUGGAGGAUGGCAAGGAGAAAUCAGUUUCCUAUAUGCUUAAGCUGCCGCAUCAAAUGGAGAUCUAUAAAAAGAUGAUGGAGGGCAACAAUAUAUUUUCGACUGAGUUAACCAUGUACAAGACGAUUGUGCCCGAGCUGGAACAAAUUUAUCGAGACGCCGGAGUGGAGGUGAAAUUCGGUGCCAAGGCCUAUGAGCUGAAGGGCGCUAAAUCAGAUUACAUACUGCUUGAGGAUCUGGCACCCAGGGGAUUUAAAAACACUAAUCGCACAGAGGGUUUGGAUCAGGAACAUACAGAGUGUGCUCUGAAAAGGUUAUCCAUGUGGCAUGCCGCUUCCGCGAUGCGUGUUGCCACCAAGGGAGCCUAUCCAGAGAACAUGACAGUUGGUUUCUUCAAGGAGGAACUGCGGCCAAUGUUGGCUGAGAUGAAUAGAAGCUUAGCAAAGAACUUUAUUAGCAGCAUUAAGAUGUAUGAAGGAAACGAGGACUAUAUAGAAAAACUGAAAGCGUUGGAGCCUAGCAUCACUGAUUACAUGUUCAAAAUGGCCAAGGUAGAUAACAAUAACUUUAAUGUUCUGAAUCAUGGCGACUUUUGGAGCAACAAUAUGAUGUUUUCGCACGACGCCUUUGGCAAAAUCAAGGACAUAUGUCUGGUCGAUUUCCAAAUUCCGAAGUGGGGCGUAGUAGCACAGGAUUUAUACUACUUCCUCCUGUCCUCAACUAAGCUCGAGGAUAAGCUGACGAAAUUCGAUCACUACAUCAAGUUCUAUCAUGAUAGUCUUGUUGAAAACCUAAAGACACUGAAGUAUCCAAAAACUCUGCCCACACUACGCGAAUUGCACAUGACGCUCUACAAGUAUGGCUUCUGGGGUUACCUGACCGCCACAGGUGUUAUGAGCGCCGUUCUGGUCGAUCCCACAGAAACGGCCAGCUUUGAGAACUUCCUCAGCGACUCUACAGAAGCCACCGACUUUAAGACCUUGCUCUAUACCAAUCCACGAUAUCGUAAGCAUAUCCAGGCAAUAUUGCCUUGGUUGUUGAAUCGUGGAGCCCUUGAAGGAUUCUGAUAUGCAUUUGUAUCUAUGAAUAUGUAAUAUAUAAAGCACAUAUCAAGUGAUCGAUAGGUGAAUUUUCGCGCUACUAGUUCCCAUGAGUCACAACUUAAAAAAUUAUAUUUGGCGUGACAACGUGACCUGUACAUGUUUUCUACGUUGAUAAGAAAUUUACUCAAGUAUUAAUAAAAUGAU